UAUUCCCGCCACACAAAUAGAAAAGAAACAGAAACACGUUUGUCUUGGUAAUUGGUACUAGUCAAUUGCCUCCCUCCCACCACUAGAUUCUCUCAACCCACCGUAUACCACACUACCAUUGGAGAAUCAGCUCAGCUCCCUAGGAUUCCUCAGAGAGAGCCAUGGCCCUAAUCUCCCCGCAAAUCCUAACCCUUAAAUCCCCUUCAACCCCCUCUCUUCCUUCUCAUUCAUCUCUCAUCGCCCCUUCCCAAUCUCCCUCUUUCUCACCUCCUAACACUCCACGCUCUCCCUCCCUCUUCUGCUCCCCAAAAUCAACAACACAGUAUAGCUCCAGACGACUUGUAGUUUCCAGAGCCUCCACCAACGCAUCUGCUUUGGAUUUCAGCCCCAGCAUCGGUGAGGUCCUCGGUGAUGUUAGCAUUUUCACCGCUGCUGGUGAUUCCGUCCAGUUCAAAGACCUCUGGGAUCUGAACGAGGGGGUGGCUGUUGUUGCACUAUUGAGGCACUUUGGAUGCCCUUGCUGUUGGGAACUUGCCUCGGCUCUAAAAGAAUCUAAAGCUAGAUUUGAUUCAGCUGGUGUGAAAAUAAUUGCAGUUGGUGUUGGUAGUCCUGAUAAAGCUCGUAUCCUUGCAGAACGGUUACCAUUUCCAAUGGAUAGCCUUUAUGCUGAUCCUGAUCGCAAGGCAUACAAUGUGUUGGGCUUAUACUAUGGACUUGGUCGAACUUUCUUCAAUCCAGCUAGUGCAAAGGUGUUUUCAAGAUUUGAGGCUCUGCAGAAAGCUGUAAAAAACUAUACCAUUGAGGCCACUCCAGAUGACAGAAGUAGUGUGUUACAACAGGGAGGGAUGUUUGUCUUUAAAGGUAAGCAAUUGUUGUAUGCUCGGAAAGAUGAAGGGACGGGUGAUCAUGCCCCAUUAGAUGAUAUCUUGGAUGUUUGCUGCAAAGUUCCUGUCUCCUAAAGCUUUGUCAGACUUAGGUUUUUCAGUUACGGAGCAUGAUAUUCAAAUUUUACCCAGUCGAGUGUGCAUACGAAAUGCUCUUGUUUCAUAUUUCAUACUGCAGUAAUCAGUCAAACAGUCUGCCUGCCUGUUCAACCUUGCCAUUCUUAACAUCUGGUAUAUUUAAAAUUCAAUGUAUGCUAAUAUAUUGCAUCAUGUCAUGGUAUAAUACAGAUUAGCAUACACCAGAAAGAAAAGAAAAAAAAAACAAAUGUAUUGUUGUAUAUAAUAGUAACAUGAUGUUUUGUGAA